AUGAAUACGCGAUCGAAAGGCACCAAGAAGCCGCCUGUGCAAGUCGCCCCUAAGUCAGCGGCAGCUGCACCGAAGAAAGUCAAGGGAGGGAAGCGCAAGGCUGAAGAAACCGAAGUAGAAGUUCAAUCGAAGAAGAAGAAAGUAAAGGGAAAUGGAGGCAAUGCAUUGAUGGACAUUAUGGAGAUGCCAUUGGAUAUCCUGUUCGAGAUAUUUUCUCGCGUGAAUCUCGCGGAUCUCCUCACACUUUCGCGCACAUCAAAGGUGCUGCGAAAGACUCUCAUGAAUCGCUCAUCUGUGACCGUGUGGGCACGCGUUCGCGCAACCAUGCCUGGGCUCCCUGAAUGUCCAGAUGACUUGAGCGAGCCACAAUACGCGGAAUUGCUCACCGGAAAUAAAUGCAGUGGAUGUGACGGUGAUGAACACCAACUUCGCGUCAUUUGGGGUGCUCGUGUCAAAUACUGCGACAGCUGUUUAUACAGAAUUUCUCAUCAGAGUCUCGUGGGUCAAUACUCUCAAGAGUUGAAGGGCCUGGUUCCCCUCGUCAUGCUUAAUCCGAAGAAAAAUCCGUCGGGUUACUCUCGUUAUGCGCGACCGAAAGAUGCAAAAGAGUUUCAGAUUUACUGGCAUUCCCCGACCGACCGGUCGUGGAGGGAGGAGUUUGCGGCAUUCAAGACCAUCGAGGAGAGAGAGGCAUGGGAAAAGGCGAAAAUCGUAGAGCAAAGAGCUAAAAACACGCAUGGCGACGCGUGCGCUAUCUGGGCCGCCCGCAACAAACUUCGCAACAAGGAACCCCUGAAUAUGGGCGAUCGUCAAGGACUUGUUGUCGAAUAUGUUUUCAAUCUUGGCUGGGCUGACGAAUAUGCCAUGAUCCCAAGUAUCCACAGUCAACCCCAAUACAGCGAAAUUUGCCUGAAGGCUUGCCAAAAAGGGACCUUCGGCAUGAGAAGUGAGCGAGUUUACUUACUUCUUAUAAAUCGCAUGGUUCCUCCUGACAUCCCUCUGAGCGAAGCUCUUCCAAAGCUCGAGGACCAUCUCGAGGAAGUCAUGGAAUAUCGUAAAUCCGAACGCAUUACGCUAGAAAAGGCGACGCUGUAUAAGCAACGCUUGAAGGUUCUUCGCCGCGCUUACGCCUCUUUCGUCGGCCUCCUUCCACCUGAGAAAACAUACCCGAAUACCAUGGAGAUCUACCAGUUCUCUUCGGUCGAGCAGCUCAUAAAGGAUAUUCCCCCCACCGUCGUAUUCACGGAAGACACCAUCCUCUGUGACCUCAAUUUCAGCGGGAUUGUCGACGCUUGGAGAACCAAAGUCAAGGAGGAGCUCAUCGACCUCAUCCGGCAUGCCCGCGGCGAGAAAUACGAGUUCGAUGAAAGCACAGUUCUCGAUCUCGCCACGACUUUCUUUCGCUGCGGGAACUGCAUCUGGGGCGGCAAGGUCACCCAGUACGGUAUCCAGGGCACGGACGCCCUCACGCACAAGUGCUCUAAGAGCAGCUCGUCGGUCGGCUCGGUUGUGGGCAAGUUUGACGCAGAGGGACAGGCGCUGAAGGAGACGCUCAAGGAAGGAGUGUGGAACUCGGACCAGGAGAUCUCCUUCGACGAAAACUCGCGUGGGAUCAUGGCGGAGGUCGUCAAAGCAUGUGGGCUUGACCCUCUCACGACCACUGCGAAGGAGAUGGAAGAACUGGACCCCCUCAUCGAGUGCCUCGACUGCAAUGAUGAAUGCGAAGGACGAGCUGUAAUGAAGUGGUCAUUCGUGCCCAUACACCAUCGCAGCAGUACGAAACACUACAAAUACAAGCCGCUUCCCGAGGGCCCGAUUCCCACGUUCGCCGUUGUCAAAGGCGAAGACGCCGCUCGUGCACGGACGCGAAUGAAAGAGCAACACGAUCGCGCCAAGGCGACAUUCAAAGGAGACGAUGUCCAAUGCAACUACUGUAUAUACAAGAACGGCGACGUGGACAUCGUGAAAGACCAUUUGAGAAAGUCGUAA